AUGCAGCUCAUCAAACUCCACGGACAAGUCCCGACAUCCAACUUCUUUGCAACCGAGUGCGAAGGGUCGGCGACGCUCCGCUGCUUCGCACAACUCGGAAAUAGCUGUGACAGCUCGCACUCCGCCUGCCAUGACCUCAUGGAUGGAAGACGAGCUGCAUCCGCGCCUCCCAAGAAGCGCGUCAGAAAGCCUCGGGGCCGUGGUCUACGCACCAAAACGGGCUGCUUGACUUGUCGUGAGCGACACAAAAAAUGCGACGAACAGCAACCUGUCUGUGGGCCGUGCAGCAUCUCGUCUCGUCACUGCGUCUUCCCCCGUCUAUCUCAGGACGCGGGCAGAAGAGCAAGCCCAGCUGCUUCACAUAACGACCGCCCGACCGCGCGUCUCGGAGACGAUGGCAGUCAUUCCCGGGUUGAUGAGCUCCCACAAUCGAUCGGCUCGACAGGGUCCAUCAGCCUCGAGUCGCAGACGUCGAUGCAGCACGUCUCCCAGCCUCCCGGGACGUAUGACGCAGCCCAUGCGCCCUACGUGAGCCAGCCACGCGUAUCGGCGGGAGUGACGUUCGGCGACGUGUACAGCUACUCUCCCGAGACCGUCGCAUCCGAGCUUUGGACCACCGAUCUCGCCUCGACGCGAUGGCUCGGCCUGCUCGCCACCGACGCGGCGCAGGCAGACAGCGGCUUCUCUCUCGCCCCGCCCCGGAGGAUGAGGGGGGGCGGCGGGCGGCGGACCUGCAUGGCCCGCCCGAUGCGACCAAUCUCGAAGCGGAAGACUUGGCAGGCGGAUCGGGAUAUCACGCUGUCCAACCGGGAGGCUGUACUCUUUCGUCACUUUACGGAACGAUCGGCUCGUUGGUUGGACUUCUUGGAUCCGCAGAAGCUCUUCUCCACCUAUGCAGUUCGGCUGGCUUUGAGAAAUGCAGGUCUCAUGAAUGCAAUCUUGGCAUUGUCGGCCAAACACCUCUCAAAACUGGAAGGAGGAGGCCACCGGAACUCCAACGUGAGCAAUGGAGACACGGAGGAGGAUUCCGGCGGAGAAUGGGUUCGAUACUAUUACGAAACCCUCCGCUAUGUACAAGAGGCAUUAACGUAUACCAGCUAUACUGCUUCAGAAGAGCUCAAUGCCACGGCAAUUGUGAUCUCAGCGUACGAGAUGCUGGACGAAUCAGAUGGCAGAGGCAACUGGCAACGGCACCUGAAGGGCGUCUUCUGGAUUCAACGAUCUCAAGACGUCAACGGGGCCUCCGGCGGACUGCGACAAGCAGUCUGGUGGGCUUGGCUCCGCCAGGAUAUAUGGGCUGCUUUUCGGGAGAAGAGGCGUUGCCUGAGCUUCUGGGCUGCGGACAAAGACUUUUGUGAGCUUGAUCCGCACGGUCUAGCCGACAGAGCCAUUUACCUGCUCUCGCGAGCCGUCAACUACUGCGCCUACUCUCGACUGAUGGAGUCAUCGUCUUUGACCGAGGUUUCGGCUUCGGGGAACAGGGCGAGGGCUGGGAGCGAAAUGCUAGCUGAGAUGGAGCGAUGGAAGUCGUUUCUGGGGACCGAGUUUAAACCCCUCCCAACUUCAGCAAGUCCGUCCAAUGUCUUCAAGCCGCUUUGGAUCCACCCACCCCAAUUUGGAGUUGCUCUCCAGGCUUACUCAUUCGCAAAGAUACUUGUUCUUCUCCACAAACCAGUAUCAUCCGGGUUUGAUGGGUAUAUGAAGAUGCAACGAUCGCUCUCAGAGGCUGUAGAUACGAUCUGCGGUAUUGCAAUGGAGUUGACAGACGAAGGCUGUCAAUUACUCUCAGCACAGUGUCUGUACGGGGCGGGCUUAUGUGUACAAGACUCGCUAAAGAGAAACACCAUUCUCUCUCUAAUUGAGAGAAGCGAAGGAAGAGUCGGAUGGACGCCGAUGGCGACGUGGCGAGAUGACUUGAGGGAGGCAUGGGCAAAUGCUGAUAGUCAAAGUCCGGAUGUGACGCGUUGA